AUGUCAUCCAUGCUUGCUAAUACUGUUAUUGCCCUUACAGAAUCCAUAAAAUGUAUGCUCAAUUUCAACUGUCCGCCGUCCACCACUGAUGUUCCCCAAUGGAAGGUGCUAAUCUACGAUCAGUUUGGUCGAGAUAUCAUAUCCCCUCUACUAACAGUGAAAGAGCUCCGUGCACUCGGGGUAACCCUACAUCUCCUGUUGGAUUCGGCACGUGAAAAUAUCCCCGAUGUACCGGCCAUUUAUUUCGUGUAUCCAUCGAAAGAUAACAUAUUGAGGAUAUGCAAGGAUUUCGAAGCAGAUCGUUACGAGUCUUAUUACUUGAACUUCAUCAGCCCAAUAUCACGUGAACUACUUGAAUCGAUCGCACAAACUGCUCUGUCCGAGGACUGUGUUCAACGUAUCACGAAGGUGUUCGAUCAGUACACGAACUUCAUCUGCCUCGAAGAUGAUCUAGUAGUGCUCAAACAACCGACAACACAGUCGCCAUCUUAUUAUGCCUUGAAUCGGGCCAAAGCGUCCGACGCAGAUGUCGAAGCUGUGGUAGAUACCAUUGUGGAUGGUCUCUUCUCCAUGUUUGCCACACUCGGCGUUAUCCCCAUCAUCCGUUGUCCAAAAGGUGACGCCUCCGAGAUGGUAGCGACCCGGUUGGAGUCGAAAUUACGCGACAGUCUACGUGACUCGCGUAACUCCCUUUUUCUCAGUUCGGAGGCAAGUCGCACCGGGAUAAGCUCCUCUGCAUUGUACGGUGGCCGGGAUGGUUCAACUGCUGGUGAUCAUCGUACAGGAGGUUCAACGUUCCCAACACUGUUUCAGCGUCCUUUGCUUGUGUUAUUGGAUCGCAAUCUGGACCUGGCCACUCCUUUGCAUCAUGAGAUGUCCUAUCAAAGUUUGGUACAUGAUAUUUUUAAUAUCCGACUAAACCGUGUCCAAGUAGAUCUCGAGUUGGCCAAAGAGACCCCAACAACUGAAGGGCAAGAAUCUGGCGACAUCCAAACGAGGACAACCCCUGCAAAAAAGAAGUCGGGAAAAUUGGAACAAUACGAUCUGUCCACGAACACCGAUCGCCUUUGGCGCGAAUUCAAAGGUGCUGCCUUCUCCGACGUGGCUGAGGCCAUUCGCGAGGAGGUGACCACAUUGCGUAGCUACGAGAAACGUAUGGGCGAGCUCCGCUCAGCAAUGGGUCUGUCUGGUGAAACCGGUCAUGUGGCCGAUUCGACUUUGACCUUACUGGACGACAAUACGGCUCGAUUGACCAGUGCUGUCAGUUCUUUACCCCAACUGAUGGAACGAAAGCGUUGUUUGGACAUGCAUACCAAUAUUGCCACUUGUCUGGCGAAUGUGAUCACACGACGUCAGUUGCACGUGUUUGCUGAAGAGGAGGAUAAGCUGAUUUCCAAACAAAGCACGGCGCAGAGCAAUCUCAAGAAUUUUAACACCAUGCUGGACGUAAGACCCCAUGUUUUUGGUUCUAAUCCACUGACCUCAACUACUUCUGGGUCUGCUGGUGGUGCUGGUGGCCCCACCGGGUCUGGGGGUGGUGCGAUUGAAUUUUGUCUGUCCGACAGUGAGGUGAAUCAGUUAAAAAAUCAGCUAAAGGAGGCCUGUCCAGAGCUGGAUUUGAGCGCUGUGGACUACGUACAACACCUGCGGCGUUUAUCCCGGAUGGGUAAUCUUAGUGAUCCUUCCGGCAUGAAAUCCAAUGCCAGUCGUAGCAUGCUGAAUAAGCUGGUCUCUCAUGGAUCUGCUAUCUUCCUCACCGGAAUGCGGCAUCUGAUUGGCCGAAAAUCGUAUUUACCGUUUACUCGAAUCGUUUCGCAACUAAUGGAGAACAAAAGCGGACCCGAGGUAGAAGAAUAUCGGUACUUUGAUCCGAAACUCUUCCGUCGUCAAAAUGCGUGA